AUGAACUCCGAGGAGCAUCAUCCUUCGGUUCAGCCAACCCGCUGUCAGGCGCCACGUCGCGCUGCUCUCGCCAUCUUUCAGUCGGGAAAGCCGUGUUUAUAGCGCGCUGCAGGGGAAGAUCCGCACUCGAGCCGCUUCCCGCAUUCAUUUCAACAAACCCUUCAUCAGAUCCAAAGAAACAUGAACAUAUUCAGACUGACGGGGGAUCUCUCCCAUUUAGCAGCCAUCAUCAUCCUCCUGCUGAAGAUAUGGAAAACCAGGUCGUGUGCAGGAAUAUCUGGGAAGAGUCAGAUUCUGUUUGCCUUGGUGUUCACCACUCGCUAUCUGGACCUUCUCACAUCCUUCAUUUCUUUGUACAACACCACCAUGAAGGUCAUCUAUAUCGCAUGUGCCUAUGCCACGGUUUACCUGAUAUACGUGAAGUUCAAGGCCACGUAUGAUGGCAACCAUGACACGUUCAGAGCGGAGUUCCUGGUCGUCCCAGUCGGCGGCCUGGCCUUCCUCGUCAACCAUGACUUCUCUCCUUUGGAGAUCAUGUGGACGUUCUCCAUCUACCUGGAGUCCGUGUCCAUCCUCCCACAACUGUUCAUGAUCAGCAAGACCGGAGAAGCCGAGACCAUCACCACUCACUACCUGUUCUUCCUCGGCCUCUAUCGCGCCCUGUAUCUCAUCAAUUGGAUCUGGCGCUUCUACUUCGAAGGCUUCUUCGACAUGAUCGCCAUCGUGGCAGGCGUCGUUCAGACAAUCCUGUACUGUGAUUUCUUUUAUCUCUACGUAACAAAAGUGUUGAAAGGAAAGAAGCUGAGUCUGCCAGCUUAAGUCUGAAAGAAAGCGCACGGAGCGGCACGGGACGCAGAGGACGAGUAAGAUGCCUGAGACGGAGUGCGAAAGAAGACAUCCAGUCCUGUUCACAUCAGGUGCUCUGGAACAGCUCUGAAUUCAAGAUUCAGAACCACGGCUUCACCAAGUCUUCGGAUUCCUGUUUUAUGCAUCUUGUCUUACCCUUUUUUUAUUAUUCUGUAUCAAAGAAAAAGUUUUCUACAUGAAACGUGUACUAUGAUUUGACCGACGGCAUCAUAAACGAGCUGAACAUUGCCUCAGUGCUAACAGGCAGGGACUGAUUCUUAUGAUGAAUAUUGAUUUUGUUUGUAAGAGUAUUUUCAAUCUGAUUAAAUGUACAUGUUUUCAAAAAGAUUAUGGGAGUAUUUGAAGCUCCAUGGGAUAAAAUUGAAUAAAAAAAAAGUUUUUGCUCAAAUUCUUAUUGCAAUAAUCCUUUGUUAAAAAAAGGUCAGUCGUAAUAUAGUGGUUCCCCAAAUCUCUAGUUUAAUUAGGUUCAAAUGGUACAAUCUCAAUGUUUGCAAGAUAGAAAUUUCAAAAUUGUACUUAAAAAGCUCAACUGUUGGGAACCGUGCCACUGUCUGUCAGCGUACAGUAUUGACACUGCCUUUAUCACUGUAAAUGGCUUCAUAAAGAACCAAAAAAUAAAUUGUACAAAUGUUCUCACA